CAAUGCUCCAAGCACCAAAAGUCUGAAGUAUGCAAUCCGAUCUGGUCUCAUCAAGAACUGUCCUAUCACCAAAGAAGCGAUCAAUCAUGCCGAAGCAAUCUUUGGACCUGACGCCUCUACAUUGAAAGGCAAGUCAACAAGACCAACUCCGAAGAAGACGUACGACGACUUCUUCAGUCCACCAGAGGAAUUUUAUCAGCACAAUCGAUCUAUUACCGUCUGUAUUGAUCACAUGGAGAUCGAGAAUGCUAAGUUUCUCACCUGCAUUGAUACCACUGUGUGUUAUCGCUCAUGUAUUCCCGUGCAGAACCUGAAGACUGACCCUGUAUUUGAAGCAUUGGAUAAGAUAUUCCGACACUACAACAAGGCAGGCUUUCAAGUCAAGAUCAUCAAGUGUGAUCGGGCGUUCAUUCCUCUCACGCAUGAUAUGCUAGACAAUAUGGGUGUUACUAUUGACCCAACUGCAGCUGGAGACCACGAGCCUACCGCUGAGCAAAACAAUAGGACGCUGAAAGAAAGAGUCAGAGUAGCUCUUGCACAAUUACCCUACAAAGUGGUCCCACAGGUGAUCACUGAAUGUCUUGGACGUCAAGUCGCGGAGCUAUUGAAUGUCUUUCCCCAGAAAGACAGUAUCUCAUCACAUUUCAGUCCGCAGCAACUUAUUGAUAAUGUCAAUAUCAACUACAAGAGUGACAUGGUUGCCGAACUUGGACAAUAUGUUCAUGCAAUUGGGACGGAUUCCAGCAAUAUGAUGGAACCCGGAAGUAUCGAAGCGAUUUACAUUGAACCUACGAAGGGACAACUUACAGGGCACCAAGGGCUCAACCUCAAUACUAAGAAGAUGAUUUCCCCACCCAAGGGCGUUGUACUACCCGUUACCAAUCAAGUAAUCCAGCGUGUUGAAGCUUGGGCUGCUGCCAAAGAAGAAGCCUUUGAUCAGGACUAUGAACCUGAAGAUGAAGAUGAACGUGAUUUCAACCUACAUGGACAAUUCGAUGAUAUCAAUGACUCCAAAAGAGAAGAGCUCUUGGCAGAUGCAGACAAUGAUGUCGAUGAUAUGGGAGAUUAUGACUAUGAAUCAGACGACGAUUGGGGUGAUGAAGGCAAUGAAGAGGAAGAACCUAUUGUGGCCGAUUUGGAUCACCAUCAAGAAAAUGUCGAUAGAGGAACCGAUGAUAUUGGGAGCCUUGUUACUGAUCUGGAGCACCUACAAGAACCGCCAGAAGAAGAGAUUGUAUUUGAGCCUGAAGAGCUCAAGUAG